GCCCGGCGUAUCAUGGGCGCCGAUAGCUUAAUGGUCCCGGGGGGCCGCAGUGAGCGGCCGGCGAUGGCCGCGGGAGGCGUCCGCCUCUGCCGCUGCCUCUGUGUGUGGCUCGGCCUCUGCGUGUGGCUGUGGGGCCCGCAGGGCGGCGCCGCGCCCCUGGCGGACCCGGAGCAGGCCGGCUUCUUCGAGGGCGACAUCAUCCUGCAGCCCUCGCAGGUGGCCAGCGUCCUCCGCGGCCGCCAGGAGCGCAACCUGGUGGCAGACGACAGCCAGCUGUGGCCGAACGCGACGCUCUACUACGAGGUGUCGUCAGAGUUCACCGCGGCGCAGCGCAAGGCGCUGGAGGCGGCCAUCGCAGACCUGCAGAAGGAGACGUGCGUCCGCUUCCGCCGUCGCACCACGCAGCGCACAUACCUGCUGCUGAGGAACGCCGGCCGCGGAUGUGCGUCGCCAGUAGGCUACAUGGCAGGGGCAGGUGCGAUGUCGGUGUACCUGCGGCAGCCGGGCUGCGCCCGCCGCGGCACGGUCCAGCACGAGCUGCUGCACACUCUCGGCUUCUGGCACGAGCACACACGCGCCGACCGCGACCGCCACGUCACCGUGCACUGGGAGCGCAUCCAGCCAGGUCGAGAGUUCAACUUCAAGAAGCGGCCGGCGUCGCAGACGCGCACGCUGGGGCUGCCCUACGAUUACGGCAGCGUGAUGCACUACCGGGCGCGCGCCUUCUCCAGGGACGGCUCCAGCCUGACGCUGGAGCCGCGCGACCCGGCCGCCGUCGCCGUCAUGGGCCAGCGCGAGCGCUUCAGCCGCGGCGACGUCGCCAAACUGAACCGGCUGUACCGCUGCCCGCCGCCCUUCUACCUGGGCGACGACCUGAAACAGCCAGCUGCCGCCGCCCCCUCCAACUCCACAGCCAGCAACUCGUCGGUAACACAAGUGGUCCCACCCACUAGCACCGUUGCUAGCACCCCAUCACAACCAGGCGACAAAAAAGGUAGCGCACACAACAACAUCGACACUUACGAACCACCACUACAAGCUGUUGGGAACGAAAUUUCCUCCAGCAGCUCACAUUCCUCAGAAAAAGAUGAUGAGGAGAGGCGAGAUCGCCAUUGGCGAUUCGAGGAAACUACCAAAAAGUCUUUAGUGGAGUAAGUGACAUUACGUGGCAAGAAUCGUCUGUGAUAAUGAAAUCAUUGGAGACGCCCCACCACGAAAGUUUAAUGUGUAAGUUAUGCACUACCAUUUGUGACAAAAUGCAACAAUUAAAUCUUCAGCCCAGUGCUGUUUUAUUGUUGCCAAAA